UAAGAUAUAUCAACUCUCAAUCGCCAUAAUUAUGUCGUUGGCUGCUGCUAUUUGUCUUUUGAUUCCUGGAAUUCCUAAGACAUCUGCAAAAGAUAACUUUACAUUUGCCCCAGGAUUGGAUAUAUUUACAAAUCUUGAGGAUCUUCUAAAUUUCUUUAGAAGUGAUGCGAGCCUGCUCGCCAGACAGAUCUUGAAAGUGUUCAAAAGGGACUGCCUUUACGUAAAUAAUGCUGCAUUCAAAGAUAGCUCGGAGAAACCUUUUAUUGUGAUCGUCGGCAACCAUAGAGCGACAAGGGAAGCUGUAGGUAUUACCGUCGCUCAAAUGUUGGGUGGUAAAUACAUGACCUACCCCGCCCCGUGCCUACAGAGAUUCAUCAGUCAAAUGCCAAAAGGAACAAUGUUACGCCGUGCCUUCUACUUCCUUUCCAACUAUGCAUCGGCAUUCUACGUGAAGAUACAGCUGAGCCUCAACAAUCCAGUAGUGCUUAACGGGUACUACUUCGAGCAGCUAACGUUUUCCAUCGUCAACUCCUUUCCGCCAGAUGGGGCGCCCCCGGUUGUGUCUGAGCUUUACAAUUUUCCCGAGGACCUGCUAAGACCUAACCUCGUGUUUUUCGUGAAUUUCUCGGACCAGCUCAUGUUCAAGCGGGUUACGACGAGAAGUCCUGCACAUUGGAAACCGAGGACAGUAAACCUCUACAGGUUGAUGCAGUCUCGACACCCAAUCGUCAUCCAAGAGGCGAGCAGAUUUCCUCGAGAUACGGCCUUUUCCAUUUACAACUACAUACUCGAUCAUCUCCGUCAUCGUGACGGGAAGUGGCACCAUGAGCCUCCCGGCAAUAAAUGCACCGUGCAUCUUUCAAUCAGUCACCUUCCGACCACAUAUAAAUAUAACUUGUACUAUCCACCCACAGAAGUAACUGACGUGGCCGUCAUGUGAGCCGUCAUUCCUGUACUUCUCACGCUGCAAAGGAGUUACAAGAAUCGUAAGCUUUCAUUUGCUGAAAAAUGAUUCAUUUUGCAGCAACUAACAAGUAUCAUGAAACUAGUUGUGAUAUUUAUCCACUUUUCAAUUAGUAAUUAAAAACGCUUCACUGUAAUUAAAUAAUACUCGUGUUUAUUACUAUUUACCUUAAGUUAGCAUACCAAUAAUAAGAGUAUAAAAUAAACACAAUUUCAAAGUAAUGAUAAACUCAACUUCUGAAAAAAUGUAUCCAAUAAAAGGUUUUUCUUUUGAUGACGUUUUAAUUCAGUAUGAAAUUUAUGUUAAUAUUAUCUUUGUAAUGCUUGAUAAGCUUUUAAUAAAUUUCAGAAUUAAAUUGUGUCGUGG